GUAAUUGUCGUAUGACUUCAAAAGAUAAAAAAGAAACAUCAAAGAAACAACAUAAAUCAUUUAAAGAGAUGCUUAUGUUCAGACAGACUCAAGCACGAAAAAGUAUUUUGGUGAAAAUACCAUCACUUAGCAGUGCUUUUAAUGUUAAAAUGACUUGCUCGUAUUAUGGCAAUGUUGUAAAUACAGUUUCUUAUGCUUCAAAAGAUAUGGCUUUUCUAUUAGUGGAAUAUAGCACAGAAAAUGAAAUAAUAAAGCUUAAAGAAACAAUCAGGUAUCAAAGUAGAGAAUAUCUUUGUGCAGUUACACCGUUAUACUCGUAUAAAGAUCUACCACAGACAGUUAAACUUAGAGGAGGACAGUUGCAAAAAAGCUAUGCAUGUAGUGCCUUUGUAGCACCCACGGAAAAAGAGAUGGUGAAAAAGCUAGAAGAAACAAACUCUAUAUCGGAACAAAUGAUUUUAUUGUACAAUGUAUUGAAACUUCCAGAUUUCAAUAUAAGACUGAGAUUUUAUACUGCCGAGCAGAUAUCGUUUUAUUUGUCUAGAUUAUUUACAAAUAUAUCUGUUUUACCAUUUGGGUCCUCCGUUAAUGGUUUCGGUCAACUCGGAUGUGAUCUUGAUUUAUUAUGUCAAAUUGAUCGAGUAAAACAAUCGAAGUCGGAUUCACUUAGUUUUCUAACGCAAACACUUUCCCUUAAUGAGAAAAAUGAAAAAAAAGUAUUCUUAGAAACAAUAGGUACAUUAAUGAAAGUAUUUGUUCCUGGUGUGACAAAUAUGAGAAAGAUUCUAGAAGCUCGUGUUCCUAUAAUUAAGUUUUUUAACACGUAUACAAACAUGCAAUGUGAUCUUAGUAGCAGUAAUGUGUUAGCAUCGAUCAUGUCUCAAUUGUUAUACACAUAUGCAGAAUUCGAUUGGUGUGUUAAACCACUUGUUUGCACUAUCCGUAACUGGGCAAGAAAUAGGUCCUUAACGAAAGACGAGCCAGGACAAUGGAUAACAAAUUUUUCCCUUACUCUAUUAAUAAUAUUCUACUUACAAACAAAAUACAUAGUGCCAUGUUUAGGUACACUACAGGACGUUGCACGACACAACACAAGCAAACUGCAGGCUGUUAACCAGCAGCCCAAAAAUGAAAUUUUGUAUCAGCUUUUAUAUGGUUUCUUCGAGUAUUAUAGUAUUUUCGAUUUUAAAACGCAAGCAAUUUGCAUUCAAGAAGGAUGUCCAAGACAGAAAAAAAGUUAUGCGCCACUUUAUAUUUACAAUCCAUUGGAAUCAACAUUAAACGUUAGCAGAAACGUUACAACAAUACAAUUGACGCAGUUAAUAGAUAAUUUUCGAAAUGGAUUGCACAUAAUGUUAAGUGUAAAGGAAGAGGAUAUUCUUAUGUGUCUACUUAAUCUAAAAAAAACCCCAGAGAUGUGUAACAAUACUCCAAGCAUACAAAUUUCUCAAAAAGAAAGUCUUAAUCAGGAAAUGUUUACAGAACAAAGAAAUGCUAAUAUUUUAUAA